AUGGCAAAGAUCCCAUAUUCAGUACCAACAGACGAAGAAGGAAUCAAUUGGGUUAUUAAGUGUGUUCAAAAGAUGAUAGUAAUACGUCAAAAACUUUACGAAGGGAUAGGAUUGUGUGAUGAAGAAGAAAAAAUUGCGGGAACGAUUGUAGAAAAGUUGAGGAGAGGAACUUGGCAGUUGACAGGUAGAGAGUGGCAAGAAAAGGAAAGUCCAGGUAAUGGCAGUGGUAAUAAAGAUGAAACGAACGUUGUUUUAACGGAAGAGCAGGACGGUAAUUGGGUGAUGGUUAAGCAAUUCCGUGGACGUGGUGAUGUACUUGAAUACUCGUUAUGUCCGAGAUUAGUACUACCUGAACAACUACCAAAGAUAAACUAUCAAAAUAAUCAUAAUGUUAUCGGCAGGAGCAAGCAAAAUAAUAAUUGUGGUGGUGGCGGUGGCGGUGUUGAUAGUAACAUGACCAAAACUCAAAUCAUGAAACCUUUUUUUGAAUCUCUUUUACAUGCUUCCGCUUGCCUUCAGUAUGCAAUCGAUCAAUAUACAUAUUCUUUGUACGGAGUAGAAGUAAAAUAUCAGAUUGCAUUAGAAGAAGAAUUAAAGCUGGAAGUUUUCGAAAGCAUGGUAUCAAAAUAUCCCCGUUGGAAUACGAACGUAAUUAAUUGUAAUGAUGUUGUUGUUGAAUCAGUAAAGGGUGCGACUCCAGAUUGGUCUGAAAGAAUGUACAAAGAGGUGGAGCGAGCAAUUGAAACAAGUCAAUACCUAUUACAACAAAAAAGAGCGACUAAAAUGUUUCAAUAA